UGUGUGAAGAAGAUGAAGGAAAAAUUUGACCGCAGUGGAAUUGGCAAAAGUAAAGGACGAACCCACAGCCCAAAGCCCCGUAAACCAGCUACCAAUUUCAGUGUCAGUCCGACUGUGAAGGAGUUCCAGGAGAUGAAAAUAAAGUGUGAAGAAGAGGAGGAAGGAGAAGAGAUGCAUACUGUUGUUGAGGCCCCGCCCCUUCCCCAACCCUCCCCCGUGGUCAUUCCCAUCAGAAAGGGCAGGAAAGGGUCCAAAUGGCAGGCUUCAGGAUUUAUCACAAAAAUUGGGGACCAGAUUUCCUCAUACACUGCAGAGAACGGGGUGACAUACAGACAGGGUGACACAAUCUACCUGGAAAACCCUAGGCUGGAUAAUCCUUACUAUGUGUGCAGCAUCAAAGAAUUCAGACUGACAAAGAAGGAUACAUUGGUGGUAACAAUCAAGUGGUACUUCAGGUCCUCAGAAGUUCCUGAUAGCGUCUACCAACUCCUAGUGCAAGACAGGCAUACUGAAAAUAGCACUGGACGGGACUCAGCUUUGAACGAUCCAAAGAUCAAGAGCAGAGAACUCUUCAUUUCCAACGCCUCUGAUACAUACCCUGUGAAGGCCCUAAGGGGAAAGUGUAAAGUUGAGCACUUCCAAGACAUCUAUUCUGCGAAGAACUUCAAGCCAAGAGACGAUACUUUCUUCUAUGUACUAGAAUAUAAUCCGAAAACAAAAAGACUGGCCACCACGCAAGGCGAGAUUCGAGUGGGUCCGAGCCAUCAGGCUCGGCUGCCUGAGUUCAGGCGAGAUGUGCCCCCCAGCCAAAUGCCAGAGAAUCCGGAGAGAUGGGAGGAGCUGCGGUGGCGCCCAUUUUCUGUUGGGGAUGGGGACUUGAUGAUGUAUCUCAGAGCAGCAAGAAGUGUGGCCGCAUUCGCUGGGAUGUGUGAUGGAGGGUCAACAGAAGACGGCUGUCAGGCAGCUUCUAUGGAUGAAACAACCAUGAAUGCCAUGGAUACGCUUCAUCGUUGUAAUUACGACCAUGGAAAGGCGCUGCAAGCUCUGGUCAAGUCACCCGCCCUUCGCAGCAUUGAGAAGAAGUGGACGGAAGAUGAACUGAAACGCUUUGUGAAAGGGUUAAGAACGUACGGGAAAGAUUUCUUCAAGAUCAGAAAAGAACUGUUCCCAGGAAAGGAAACUGGAGAACUGAUUGAGUAUUACUACUUCUGGAAGAAAACGCCAGCAGCUGCCAGCAAUCGGCCUCACAGACGACACAGACGCCCACCUUAUAAGAGAAACACUAGAUCCACCCGACCGCCAUCAAGUGGUGUUGAGCAGAGUUCAGCUAGUGAGUGUUCGGAUGAUUCAGAUGACAGUGGUGGAAGUAGAGACCUUAACAGAUACACAUGUAGACAUUGUUUAACCACAGAUUCCAAAGACUGGCACCAUGCGGGUAAAGACAAAAGUCUUCGCUGCACACAGUGUCGCCUGUACUACAAGCGACAUGGAGAAGAGCGCCCCCUAGAAAGCCCUGAAGAUCCCCCCUUCCUCUUUAAGCCAGUUAAAGAGGAAGCUGAUGUGCUGGGAGGUCGCCACAAUAUGCGAACAAGGCAAUCAAGGGAAACAGGUAAAGGAAAUAAAAAGAAAGAAAGCAACGGUGUAGACCCAGAAGAUAACCAGAAGACAGUGAAUCCUAAAUCUCCCAGCAGUAACAGCAGCUGUAGUACCAGCAGCUCAGACAAGGACAUAAAGAGAGAUAGUAAGAAAGAAGAACCUAAGGCUAAAGGAAAGAAAAGACAGGCCAACUCUGACAGUGACGAUAAGUCUACUAAAAAGAAGAGGGCAGAGGACCGAUCAGACUCGGACUCUAUCUCAGACAGUAGCAGUAGUCUGGAGGAUCUUAGUAACGAAGGGGAUGCUGACAACAAUCAGGAUGAUUUGAGCUCAUCUCCACCCAGUACACCCAGAUCUGUGGACAACACUGAAGUGAAAACCAGUCUGUCCUCCAAGUCUACAUCUAGCAGUUAUAAUGACACUUCACAAGCUAGAGCCAUUGUCCAUCCUGAACCUGUGAUUCCUUCCUCAUCUAGUCCCAAACCCCCAUCCCCCAAACCUUUAACCUCCACCCCUCCUAUCACACAGCACCUUACCAAAACCAAGACACCACUGUCCCUCCCUUUAAAACCAUUCUGUUCUCAUCCAGAUCCCAUCCAUGUGACUUCAAACUCUUUCUCUCACUCAGUAUUUACUUCAGUGAAUUCCUUAUCAUCCUCUGACAGUACAGCCUCACUUUCAACAGCCACAUCAGUGACAUCAUCAUCAUCUGCCAUUCGUCCUGAACCAGCCCUGCAUUCACCAAAAGUUGGCAAUCAAAAGCAGGAGUCAACCAAUCAACCAGGCCUACACAAACCAGUGUUUGUGGCCACUCAGGAGCCAAGCACUUCAUUGUCUGUCCCAGAUCUAAAAUUCUCUUCAAACUCUAGCUUUGCUCCUGUAUCAAGGUCACCUUACUUGGAGCAGCAGACAACCCUGGCCUCUACUUCAGUGACCCCAGUGUAUCAAAAUGCUAUAAGCUCCUCAGGUAUGAGAGACUUGAACACAAUCAAGAAAGAAAGGGUGACACCACCUCCACUGGAAAGCUUUACAAGCACAGGUUUCAAACCAAGAGACUUUAUUGAGUCAGACAAUCGCAAAAAAGCAGAAAACAUUAACUUUGAUCUCAGUCAUGUGAAAUCUGAACCAACCUUGGACUUAUCUAUAGGAUCAAAACAGUUUCCCUCCUUAUUGGAGUCAUCUGGGAUUGACAAACCACCAACAGACAGGAGGGGCACUGAGGAGGGUGGGACAAGUCAGACAGAGGUGAAAUCUGAGAAGUCUCAAGAGAUUGACAUGGAUGAUGGUGACAGUGACAGAGAAGGGGGUGUGGUCACAAGAGACCCCACCCCAGAACCUCCCCCUGUACAGUGUAAUGUGGAAGUACAUACAGGCAGCAAGGACACAAAGUAUCGCUUAAUAAAAGUGUUGGACAGAGGUUCCAACAUCUGUUCCCGGUGUGAUAUUGUAUUGAAGGCUCUGUCAGAUUCCAAACUGGCUCAGAAACAGAAAAGUAGUGGAUCAGUGUCUUCAAACCCACCCCAGCAGACACCAGUCAAGCCAGAGGAAAAGAAGAAGCUUGAGACCCCACCCCCUAAUUCCACAGCAGAUGCCCAGAUUACAAGUAGUCUGAUCAGCACACCACAUCACUUUGAUAGACAGACCCCCAGGUCAUAUCCUCCAGACACACCAGCCCUGAGGCAGCUCAGUGAAUAUGCCAAGAAACCAACAAUAAGUAUGGGGGGUGAACCAUCUAUGUCCCAUCCAAGUGGGCCCUAUGGACCCUAUCACCCAGGGAUGGACCCCCUCCUGAAUUACAGGAUGGGAAUGUAUCCCCCUGGAUCCAGAGAAAGGCUGGAGCUGGAGCUUGAGAGGGACAAACGUGAGAGAGAUGCCAGGGAGAGAGAAAUUCGGGAACGAGAGAUUCGAGAAAUGGAGAUGAGGGAGAAAAUGAAGCAGGAUUUGGAAAUGAAGCCACCGGGAUUGGAGCGUUUACUGCCACCCCAUGGACCAAGUCCAAUGGAUCCCCAGUGGUUAGAAUUCCAGAGGAGGUACGGUAGUUUUCCCCCAGCAGCCUUGGGACACCCUGGUGGUCCUUCUGGUUCACAUAUACCAGGGGUCUACCCUCCAAAUAGCAUCGCCAGUGACCUGAUGCAGAGGGAGAGAGAGCGGCUAGAGAGACUGGGAGUACCCCCAGGUGCCCAUUUUCCAUCUGAACUUUUCCACCAUGGACCUGCGGCUGUGGCAGAGAGGUUAUCUGCCGAGCGUCUCCAUGCGGAGCGAAUGGCUCUUUCAGCUGACCCAUUGGUCAGAUUACAAAUGGCUAGUCUAGGAAUUCCUACUCCACCUGUUGGGGUGGGGCCAUCUGGGACCCACUCUCAUACACACUCCCACUCCCACACCCAUCUACACCUACAUCCAGGGGAGAACAACGCUGGAGGUCCACCUCCACCCCCAUCACCUUUCCACCCCAUAGGGGGACCCCCUCAUUCCCUUCUGACACCAUUUGGCCCAGGAGCUGAUCCCCUGGCAGUGAGUGCUGCUCCAGGUACACCUUCAGCUCACCUCUCUUCCCUGCCCGCAGGCAUUCCUCCCCACGCUGGACUCCUGUCUCGUGGGGAACAAGAGAUGUUACAGAACGAAUUCUAUAGAAGAGCUUAUGCAGAUCCAGGUCUGGCCCAUCAGCUUUCAGCACAAGCCGCACAACAUGAAGCAAUCCAAAGACAAUUGGCCAUGGAGAGGGAAAGGUUUGGUCACCUGCCCCCACACUGAGACAGGCCUACCCCAAAGGGUGAACUCUAAAGGUGCAAAGACUUGUGACACUCUUGUCAGUUUAAAACAAGAAAAAAAUGGAUCUG